CCUGCAAAUACCUGCGCACCGAAAAGGUCGACAUUCAUAUGUUAAGUAACUUGACAUCUGUCAUAAUUGUCGUACAGGAAUAUGAGGAAAUUUAUUCAAGUGGGAACUCCAAACAUUAAUCUAUUACAUUAAAAAAAAAAAAUAGUUAUGGACUGCAGAAAAUCAACAUCGUUCCUAUAAGGAUGGCAACGCCAUUGACCAAUCGUCUAUGGGAGAACCGAAAUUCGACAAACUCCAUAAUAAGUCGACUCGCGCAUAACGAAUUAACUCCUGCUUGGAUGUCGAAGGACAAAGAACCAUUAAAUUGGAUUCGAAAAGGGAAGAACAAAUCUGUGUCAAGAGCCACCACUUUAGCUACGCCAAAAUGUCGGGACGAUUUCUGUUUAAAAUCAGAGCCAACCACGGUCAAGCGGUCUGCUCUUCUAUAUGAAAUAACCGAACGUACAAAUCAAUUAGCGAAACCGAAACUGCAUCCUAAUGACUUUAGAGACGCGGACAAAUUGCAGAUAGCAAAAAUCAGGACGUAUAAAGCUAACGAUCGAAUAAUCGAUUUAGCUAAACCGAAGGCUCUUUACGCCGUACCAACGAAGCCAAUUGGUCAAGUGGCACCAAGUGCCUUGAGGGCUGUAGGUUGGUAUUGCAGAGUAAAAGAUUAGCCUAUACUUGAUUUAAAAAACAAAAAAAAUGCGUAGUUCGAUUUAAUAUAUUUUCCCCUGAAAUGUAAAAUUAUAUGCAUUCAUGUAAUGUGAGGAAACCUUUGUAAUCGCAAUAUUUGGUAAAGACUAUUUAAGCGCACUGCGUGAAUUUUGCGGUUGAAAGUGCAAAUAGAUGUUCCGUAAGGUUGUAAAUAUAAACAUAAUUAAUAGCAACGAAGAGAAUUAUCGAGCUAUCGAAGCCAAGAAAGAAACAAGUAAAAAAGUCGCUGAAACCCCGAAGAAUAGUCCUUGCCCCUUGCAGUGCAAGAGUAACUUAUUUGGCUCGACCGAAACAUGCCGUAAACUUUCGAGGAGAAGUUGCAA